AUGGUGGCCGAAAGUGCGCUAGUUAACUCGGUCACCACCUGCAGCCAACAUGGUCAGGGUCUCUGGCUGGUUGCUGCUGGCUGGUUGUCCAUCGGCUGGUAUGUCUUUGUCGUUACUGUUAGCACGAUAGGGACCAUACAAGUAUUCAGAAGAUACUCCAAACCUCUUCCGAAAGCCACCAGGGCUCCCACAGACCCUAAUCUUCCUCAUGUCACCAUUAUCCGACCCAUCAAGGGCCUCGAGCCGUACCUCUACGAGAACCUCUCAUCCAGCUUUCAGCAGGACUACCCGAAGGACAAGCUCAGCAUCUCCCUCUGCGUCUCGUCAAAGGACGAUCCCGCCUACCCAGUGAUAGAAAAGGUCCUUGCGCGUUUCCCAGACGUGGAUGCGCGUCUAUAUCUCGAGCCAAAGUAUGAAGACUACGAGCUGGGGCCCAACCCGAAGAUUCGUAACAUGAGCCAAGCAUACCGUGAAUUGAAGGGUGAUGUCGUCUGGGUUGUGGAUUGCAACGUCUGGCUAGGGAGAGGGGUCUGCGGGAGGAUGGCAGAACGCUUAUGUGGACUGGACUCCAAGGGCCAAAAGUACAAGUUCGUGCAUCACCUACCAAUUGUUGUUGACGUCGACAGCGAGGUAGCUGCAAGGGAUUUCGAGAAUAACGCCAUAUUACCUCCCAACCAAGCUAUAAACGGCAAGGGUGUGUCGAAAUCUGCUCCGAAUGGCAUCAUUGCUACAAAUCCUGCUCCAACGUCGCCCAUCGAGUCCAUUCUUUCGAUUGGUGGUGGGCGGCUAGAAGAAUUAUUUCUCUCCUCCUCGCAUGCAAAGAUGUACUGCGCCAUCAACACCAUUCUUGUUGCUCCUUGCGUUGUUGGAAAGUCGACCAUGUUCAGACGCUCACACCUUGACCAAGUUACCUUGAAUCACGUCAUACCUUCUCGACCAUAUCCCCGAAAACCAGGCUUAGACUCCUUAUCUGAUAACAUCUGCGAGGACCAUCUUCUCGGAGAACGCAUGUGGAACGGCAAACUCGCAGAAGAGACAGACGACGGACCAUCAGAAUGGGGCAAACAUGACCUUGUUUUUGGUGACCUCGCUAUUCAGCCAGUAACCAAGAUGCCUAUCUCAUCAUACAUCGACCGUCGUGUCCGCUGGAUCCGUGUUCGGAAAUUCAUCGUUAUUUUGGCAACGAUUGUAGAGCCAGGCAUCGAAUGCUUCGUCUGCUCUGCUUACCUCGCAUUUGGUAUCACUACAGGCAUCCCUCCUCUCUUAUUUGGAAGCCAAUACUGCUCUAACUACCUGUCAACAUGGUCUGCCUUUGGAUUAGUCUGGGGACUCAGCGUCUUCGUCUGGAUGCUGAUUGACUUUUUCUUAUACCGAACUCUUCUAUCCUCCGUCACCAUCGAAGUAGAUGAAAACACACCACAGUUCGCCCGUCCUCCAGCCCCAGGCUCAAUUGCGAGACGGUCAUUCCUAGAAUGGUUCCUAGCAUGGCUCGGUCGAGAAACCCUAGCCUUACCCAUAUGGGUAUGGAGCGUGUUUGGCGGUGCAACCAUCAUCUGGAGAGAUCGUGAAUUCAGAGUUGGCAUAGACAAUGUAGCUCACGCUGUUGGUCCAGUCUCCAAGCAAUUGUCGUAUAAUGGCUCGCUUAACAGUGACCCAAACGGCCAAUCUCAACGCUCUUACGGAUCAGAUGACAGCUGCGAAGUUCGACGGAGGACUCCAAUAGAGAACCUCACCAAAAUGGGUAUGAAAACUACCGCUGCUGCCAUGGACCUUGAUGAAACAACUCGCUUAAUUUAA